AUGGGCAUUGUGGAUUACCACCGGCGAGUAGAAUUGCCAUCGGAGGAGAUGGAGGCCAUUCUGAGACGACUCAGGGCCAUGUCUGCGGAGGAGCGGCGUGGUGCGCUGGCCGCGAUGCCAGAGGGAACUCGAAAGGAGCUCAUGCGACAUUUGAAGCAGGAGGCAGGUGGCAGCCGCUUAAGACAGCUGCUGUCCCAUCUUCCGGAGCUCCUGGACAGCGCAGAUGAACAGAAACGCCACGAACUGAUGCAGGGCGUGCGCAUGCUGGAGUCCGUGACGGCGCAAGUGCUGGCGGCGCCCGACAUGGCCUCGGUAGUGAAGAUCCUCCGAGAGUUGACUCCUCAACAACGCCAUGCCAUCGUUGAGUCCUUACCGGGCGAGACGCAAGAGGCGCUCACCGCCCAUCUGCGCGCCGAAAAGGCGGCCCAAGCGGCACAGCUUGGCACCAAGGUGUACGCCCCGGCGCAACAAAGCUUACUGCCGGCGCUGUGUCGAAUGCUGUGUAUUUUUUUUGAGGCUUUUGCUCUGCUUCCUCUUCGGCUCAGUCCGGAUCCGGCCGCGCCGGCCAGUGAUCCGAAGGGUGAGGAUUGCCGAUGUCGGAUCCUCAGUGGGAUUCGGGUCGGCUUCGUCGCCUUCGAAGUUACUGGAAGCCAAUGGCUGGGUGGGAGCACAGCCCAUGGCCUUUAUGUGUUGGGCAUCCCCGUGCGCAGCGCGGUCUUCCUGGGCGGUCUCGGAUGCGCUUUGCAUGGCCUCUUUCUGCUGCAUCAUCCUGAGGACCGGCGGAUCUUCGUUGGCGGCUACUCAGACUGGAGCAUGGCCAUGAUCGAUUUGCUGGAGCUGUCAGCCAUGCUGUGGGGCCUCCUGGGAGCCUUGGGAGCCUUCUACAUGAAGGAAGGUUUCCUCCGGAGCUUUUACUACUACGAGGCAGCCCGAAUACUGGCCUGGUUCGCCAUGUACGUCUUGGACGUUCCCUUGCUGUUGAAUUGCGAGUUGGGCCGUGACGACCCCAACGCCUUCAUGGCACGCUACGGGGGCCAGGCGGUCCUGAAGAUUGCGGCAGAGGGGACUUGUGAUGAGGAGAGAAGUGCAUUCUAUGUCCUCUCACUGCUCAGUUUGGCCUUCUUCUGCCAGUUCUUCUUCGCCACCCAGCGCCUUCUCCUGGACUUUGCCGAUGACCCUCGCUACUUGCUGAUGUCCAAGGAGGGUCCCACUGGAGUCUUUCAGCAGCAGCUAGGCAGUGUCCCGACGGUUGCAACACCCUUGGUGACCUCUGAUGCAUCCCGCAGCGGCUCUGCAACCAGUGGCUCCAGGCAAAUGCCCUUAGAGAGCCUCGCGUGA